UAGCCUGUUUACUCCGCAUCGGAAACAAAAGGCGAGGAAGGUUGCAAGGAGGAAGAUGGUGUGCAUGGUGUCUCGGCAGGGCAGGCAGCUCCAGCGCUACAGCAAGAGCGGGAGCCGCCUCGUCGUCGGGUGCAUUCCCUACAAGUAUAAUCCUGGCGACGGCGGCGGUGAAGACCUCGAUAGAUCCAUGGAGGUUCUUGUCAUCAGUUCGCCCAAAGGAAAUGGAUUGUUGUUCCCAAAGGGUGGGUGGGAGACGGAUGAGACCAUUAAAGAAGCAGCUUUGCGGGAGGCAUUGGAGGAAGCUGGAGUGCAGGGGAAUGUGCAGCGAAAACUUGGGAAAUGGAAGUACAAGAGCAGGACCUACGGCGCAGUGCACGAGGGCAUCAUGUUCCCUCUCAAUGUGACGGAGGAACUGGGGGACUGGCCUGAGAUGCACACGAGAGAACGCAAAUGGGUGACGGUGGCAGAUGCCAAAGAGGGAUGCCAGCAUCCAUGGAUGAAGGAAGCCUUGGAUAGAUUGGUGAAACGGCUGUCGAGUUCCAGCAGCAGUAAUAACAGCAACAGUACUGCUUCAGCAUUUUAGUAUUCUUCUUUGGCACUCUCCACGAGCAGUCUCUCAUGGAUGAUGGAUGAACUCUCUUCCCACCAAGAAUAGCUGAUAGUUACAACAGAGUUUGAUCAUUCUUUCAAUUCUUUCAGCCCUGUGAUCUCAUGAUCUCAUCGUUGACUGAUGGACCCAACAAAAAUUUGUAGUUUUCAGAGUACCAGAAUAGUGAGCAACUUCAUGGAGAUAAUCUUCUUUCUCGUUGGUUACUGUGAUUACGAUUAUGUAAAGUUGAAUCCAUCUUUUUAAUCCUAACUGAACUAAGAAAUAUUGAACAUGUUUGGUUUUAGUGCUA